UAAAGAAAUUUAAAUUAUUAAAAAUGGAAAUAGAAUAAAUUGAAAUAAAAAAAUAUGUUUUUAAAUAUAAAUUUCCUAAAUGAUUUAUUAAAUAUUGAAAUUAUAUAAUUUAUAAAUAUAAAUUGAAAGAAAUUUUUUAAAAUACAUAGUAUUAAAAUUUAAUUGUUUUUAAUAAAAUAAAAUUGUCUAAAUUACAAAAACAAACGCAAAAAUCAGAAAACAAAAUGUGUUCAAUGUCAGUGCUAUGUCCAUUAUGCGCCCAAACAAGCUUUUCGAGUAUAGACGCUCUGCGUUGUAGUCUGAUUAAGGCCGCUAAUGGGCCGUUGGCAUGUCCCAUAUGUCAUGAAUUGUUUUUGGGUUUGGAUAAAUUGACAAUACACUUGUUUAGUCAUACGAAUAUAAUGAAUUCUGCCAACAAUACUACUACCGCCACCAUCACACCACCACCACCAACGACAAUAAAAUCGCCAACAACAACUGACAACUGUCAAAAUAUGAAAAAUAUUGAAAAAUUAAAAAGCCAAAAUGAAAAUGAAAUGAAUUUAAAUCAAGAAAACAACAAUAGCAGCAAUUGCAAUGAGACUAAAAUAAAACAAAUUCAUUUAAAAGAUGAGCUGGUGAGUUUUGAUGAAACUCACCACAAUCUCAGCGAAGAGAAAAACAUGAUCAAAAAGCCAAAAGUUGUCAGCAAAGCAGACAAGAAAAUUGUAAACAAAUCGUUUAUAACACAACAACAUCAACAAGUAGUUUCAAAUAAAAGAAAUGAGGGGGAUGAGGAGGGAGAGGAAUCAAAGGAACUUGAUAAUUUAGCUCAAUGUGAUAUUUGUGAAUUUACCUUUCGCAAUGAAGAAUUAAGAAACAUGCACAUACGUUUGGUGCAUCAAAAUUUUGAAUGUCAUUCGCAACCAAACAACAACACUUUAACACCCUCCAGUUCACCUUUAAAUAAUUGUCAAAAUUCAUGUCCAGAACAUGAUUUCAAAUGUCAUUUAUGUGCUAAAACUUUUAAAAUGAAAGGUUCUUUAAGAGUACAUUUAAAAGUGGUUCAUCUAAUGGGUUUACCCUAUGUUAAUAAUUCUCCAAAAUUAACCAUAUGUGAUCGUAUACGUCAUAAAGAAAAUAAAACCUUAAAAACUGCGAAUAACUGUAAUGCAAACCCACAGUUACAAAAUGAAAAUGUUAAUACCAUUUCACCCAACAACAACUUUAAAACCACUAACAACAAUAAUACUCUAUUUAAUAUACAACCCGUUAACUUUAUAUCCAAUCUAAACUCAUUACCAGUUAGCUCAAAUGUCAGUGUGGUGAAUUUAAAUCAGUCGUUAGAAUUUCCCUCCAACAACUUGGAUAAUUCAUCUUUACCAGCUCCAAAUGUUUUAUUAGUUUUCAAUUCUUCGGCUUCUGCGGAAUUGUCACAAAAUUUAAAUUCAAUUUCUAAUAAUGUCAACAAUAACAACAACAAUAAUAACGCUACUACUGCUUUAAUGCCUUCAACUACUAAUACAGAUAAGGAUAUGCCUGCAAAGAUCACCUCGGCUAUGAUAAAUGUUACCGAGAAUCCUAAGAUUUGGGAAUGUGAUGUUUGUUCGAAGGCUUUUACCACCAAAUAUUUCCUAAAGAAACAUAAACGUCUUCAUACAGGUGAAAUGCCAUACACUUGUGAACUUUGUGCUCGUACUUUUACAUUUCAACAAUCCUAUCACAAGCAUUUACUUUAUCACAGUGAUGAGAAGCCUCAUGUAUGCUCCACCUGUGGUCGAGCUUUUAAGGAACUUUCAACUUUACACAAUCAUGAAAGGAUACAUAGUGGAGAAAAGCCAUUUAAAUGUGAAGUUUGUGGCAAAAGUUUUCGCCAACGUGUCUCUUUUUUAGUACAUACCCGCAUUCAUACCGGUGUUAUGCCCUAUAAAUGUGAAAUCUGUCAAAAAAGUUUUCGUUACAAAGUCUCACAACGCACUCACAAGUGUCAACCAUUUUCAGCAGAAGAAUCUUCACCACCACCACCUAAUGAGGAAAAUACCAUUGAUCAUAUGUCGGAAAAUUUUAUUAAAGCAUUUCUAGAAACUUCUGUUGCAAAUCAAACCGAUAAUCACCUCAAUCAAUCACAUAAUUCACCUGCUAGUAAUGAAAUUGCUGCCAUUAAUGAAAAGGCGACUUCUCUAAAUGAACAACAAGCUUUACUUACAAAAACUAUCGAUGAUAUUGUGGUAGAAUCUUGCAAUAAAAUGGGUAUUGGUGGUGUUAAUGGAUUUUCACCUCAGCAGAUUAUAAAUGAGGGCUCAAUGUCUCCAUCACAGAGAUUGCAAAAUAUGCGUUUGUAUUCGCCGCAAUUGGUUACACCAGAUUUAAAUGUGAUUGAGGGAGAUUUAACGCGAUUUUUCUUGGAAAACUCUCAGUCAGCAAAUAGUUUAUUGUGAAUUGUUCGUAUUCUCAAAAUGUAUAUGUUUGUGUUAGUACUUUAAGUUAUUGUUUAUUAAGUUCAGUGUGUUAUAAUAAAAUAAGUGUAAAUU